AUGGAGAGUUGCGAAGCAGGUUUAGAUAGAAUUGAGGCACAGAGCCCAACCGAUGUGUCUCGUGACCAACGGAAAGGAAGAUACUUCCCAAUGAAUCUCAUAAAGAAAGGCGCAAACACACUCUGUUCACGAGGUUUCUUUCAAAGCAGAAGAGAUGGCUCCAUGCCACCUACUGGAGACACCGAAUCUGGGACAGAGUUACUUACCAAUCUCACAUUGUUGGAUCUUUACAACGUCCCCGGUGAAUCAGCGGAGAUGAAUUCGGAGAUCUUUAGCGCAAUGAGACGUGGGAACAGAGAAUUUUUUGACAAGAUGAAAAGAUGGGAAACACCAAUGGCAUGCUUCAAGAAUGACAAAGGAGAUUCAAUUCUUCAUCUUGCUGCUGCUUUCGGUCAUGUUGAGCUAGUGAAAGACAUACUUUCUGCAUGCCCAUCUCUUCUAUUGUUGACAAAUUCGAAGAAUCAGGUUCCGCUUCAUGUGGCAGCUUGUGGUGGCCAUUUAGCAGUUGUUGAGGCUCUUGUUGCAUCGGUAACAUUUUUUUCAGCUCAAGUGUCUAAAGAAGAAGAUAGGGAGAGACUGAAUGUAUAUGGUCUCAAGGACAAGAAUGGAGAUACUCCUCUGCACUUAGCCUUAAAAGACCUCCAUGAAAAAAAAGAGUCCUUGUUAAAUCAGCAUCGCCCCAGAUACCCAAGUGUUUCGGGCCUUAUUAAGUAUCUACAACGUAUCAGAUGCAGCUCAUUUCCUGAUGCAUCAACACGCUUGAUAGAAACAGCUGUCUGCCUGGUGAAUGCGAACCAAGGUGCUUCAUUUCUCGCGAACAGUGAGAAAAUAUCUCCCUUGUAUUUGGCAGUUGAAGCUGGUAAUCUAUCACUUGUGAAUGCAAUGUUGAACCACCUUGGGGAAACCUCUACAUUUGCCUCGCAAUUGGAAGGGACAAAAUCGCUUGUGCACGCGGCUCUAAAGUCCAAGAAUACUGAUGUUCUUGAUGUUAUUCUGAAUGAAUUCCUGAGUCUUGUCGACGAACCAGAUGAUGAAGGACGAACUUGUAUUUCGGUUGGAGCAUCUGUAGGGUUCAAAGAAGGACUAUGCAAAGUUUUAGACCGAACAACAUUAAGCAUCUUUAAAUGCGACAAAGAUGGUUCUUAUCCAAUUCAUAUGGCAGUGGAGAAAGGUCAUGAGGAUGUUGUUCGAGAGCUGCUAAGACGUUUUCCAGAUUCAAUAGAGCUGAUUAACAAAAAAGGUCAGAACAGUCUUCACAUUGCAGCAAAGAGUGGGAAAGCUAGAACUGAUAUGACGAAUCUCUGUAAGAAGAACCAUCUGAUUGAGGAGCAAGAUGAUGAUGGGAAUACACCUUUGCACCUAGCCACGAUACAUUGGCGCCCUCGAAAGGUUUGGACGCUUACUGGUCCUGCUUCGACCACAACAAAAGUCCUAAAUAUACGGAACGCUAAGGGCUUAAGACCUCUGGAUAUUGCAGAGGCAGAACUGCAGCAUGCCUACGUUUUCCGGGAGAGAAUGACAUUGAUGGUCUUGCUAGGCGUUUACAAACCAAAAGGCAUAUCUUGGUUACCGAUGAGUGGGAUGACAUUAAAGAGUAGAUUAAAGAAACCACGUGAUUGUGAUAUAUACAAAGACCGAGUCAACAUUCUCCUACUGGUGGCAACUCUUGUAGCUACCAUGACGUUUGCUGCAGGUUUUACAAUGCCAGGUGGCUUUUACAGCGAUGAUCCAUACCCGGGCAUGGCCAUUUUGAUCGCUGACCCAAUGCUCAAAGAUUUUCUCUUUUCUGAUUCUGUGGCAAUGUAUAGCUCACUUGUCGCGAUAGUUGCUCUUAUCUGGGCACAGUUAGGAGAUGAAGAUCUCGCGCACAGAGCGUUUCAUUUGGCUUUACCAGCACUCUUUCUUGCUCUCUGCUCCAUGUCGUUCGCAUUCUAUUAUGGAUUACUGGCUACAACAAUGGCAAACAAAUAUAUUAAACGCUCCAUUAACUUUGUAUUUAUGAUCUUCUGGGAGUUUUUCUUCAGCCUCCUUGCCCCUUACGUGAUCCUGCAGGUUUCUGGCAUUCCUUUUAUUUACCGUUUCACUUGUAAUUUUCUCCUACCUCUUUUGUGGUUAGUUAACGAAGACGAUGAUGAAAAUCAUCCUACCUCUGGCUCUGAUGUAAAGAAUGCGGAGUCCGUGGGAUCCUCAAGUGGGAUUCAAGUGGAAAAGUCGAAAGAGGUUUAA